AUAGACGUUUUAUACUUUGUUUUAGGAAUGGAUCGGAACAAAGAGUCCCAAAAAGGAAAACGGAAGCCACAUUCAAACAAUCAAGAAACUUCAACCUCGUCUACGACUCCUAAAUUAUCAAACGACACUGGGGCCAAAAGAAUUACCCCUCAGCAUGGUAUCUCGUAUCAAACGGAAUGCACUGUACUGGUUUCGCUUAGAGCAUAUGAAAUGCAGCAAAAUAACGACUUCAACUUUACAAUCACGCUCGAAGACCCCCAAGGCUGCAAGUUUGAUGAUAUUGUUCUUCGUUGCGCCUCAAAGAAGAUAGCAUUAUACAUGCAGUGUAAACAUAAAAUGCCAAACGAUUCUUCAUCUCACGAGUCCACAAAAACUACAAAAUCAGAAUAUAUUCCAACUGAAGAAAUUAACGCACAAAGCUCUUCAGCUGAAGAAAUUAACGCACAAAACUCUUCAACUUCAGCAUUCAACAAAUCCAACAAGAAAUUAAAAGCCGAACCUUCAAUUGUAGCUAAUGCCUUUCUUUGUCCCAAUGGGCCAUUUUCCAUCCCUAUGUACUUCACAUCUUUUCUUGAAAUGAAACCCAACUUAUUGGAUAAUUAUUAUUUCUUAUGCACCAAUGCUGUAAUCGAUGGUAAGAUAAUAGAACACUUUUCAGAAAUUAAGGUAGAUCCUAGCGAGAAUUCAAUAUUUUCAUGUUAUAAGGAACUUCAUGGAAAGUUUUAUGAAUUGAAAAAACAGCAUCAACUCAUGAACCUUAACGAAAAACUGAAAUACGCUAGCCUUAGUUUUCUUGGAAAAUCAUUAGCUGAAUGUAUUCUACGCAAAGACACGAUUAGCCGUACUAUUCAAAUUUACAACAUGUAUGCCGUUUUAAUUCACAGCAUAAUCGAACGAUCCGAUCAAUCCACAGCAAUAUCUUCGACAUCAGAUAAAAACAUUUACAACUACAAGUUUAAUCAAGCUUUUCUAUUAGCGGGUGACUCCACGGACGUUGGUAAACUUCGCGAAGCCUUCCGUAUGGAAUAUAAAAAGUUACUUGAAAAAGGCAAGGAUACUUGGGAGGAUAUAAAAGAAAAAGGAAUAAAUAUGGAUUGGGAUUCUGAAAUGUCGGCUGUGGAAGAUAUUCCCAAUAUUAUGCCGAGUAAUCAAAGUUCACAUUUCGCAAUGGUUGAGAGAAAAAUUGAAGAGUUUUACUCCAAGUUUAGGUUAAUUUGUACACCGGAUGAAGAAAAGCUUCGCUCUGACGCUAAACGACUUGUUUCCAAAUUAACAGAUACUGAGCCAGAUACUACUUUGACAUUAUACAGGCAGACAAUUUUUGAAGUCUACAAAGAAAAGGAAGUGUUCGAAAUAAAUAGUAACUAUUUGAAAGGGUUUUUUGAGCAAGUGAAACAUAAUUUUGCUUUCACUAAAGUGAAAACGUCAACUAAGGAAUACACUGAGAUAUUAGCGCAAAAGUUUCCUCACGGUCUGAUGAAUCGGGAAUGGUUGAUAAGUUCCAAAUUUUACAAAUUUCUUGACAAUAAUUUAGCCAGUAAAUGUUACUGCUAUCGUAGUACGAUUGAUUUGAAUUUCAGUGCCAUGAUCAUACUGGAAACUCUGAAGUUAUGUAAAACUGAGUGUCUAUUUAUUCAUGAAUCUAGCUUCCACCAAAACAAAGCGUUGGAAGAAAUGAUUGAAAAUGUAUUUAAAUAUAUUCAGGCAGAUUUUGGUUCAACACUCUACAUAAUCGUUAUUUUAGACAAAUUCCAAACUGUUACACAACAAUCAUUUAAUGAGCUACUAGCGAAAAGCCAUCACCAGAGGCUUGUAGUACUAAUGCCACUCACAGAGAAGGAAGAACCGUCAGAACAAUCCUUGCUAGUGCGUCAUCUUGCAAAAGACGCACGAAAUCAGCUAUAUUUGGAAAACAAUCAAUUAUACUUCUUUGGUGCAGCUACUUCAAUCGGUAGCAUGGUACAAGAUUCGGACGAUUUAUCCUUUAUGCUCAAAGUUUUGGACAUUUACUCGGAAACAAAAGCCACCGAUGAGACAAACAUAAAUUUUCACAACUACGAAAAAAUCAAAAACAGCUACAUACAACGUGAUGUUGAAAUUUACUCUCCAUCGAGAACUCCGGACAGUUAUUCCAAUCGAGAGAUAAAAAUAUGUUUCGAUUCUUUAAAAGGUUCUAUCGGUCAUCGAACAUAUAGUUUUGAUGAAAUGAUUAACACAUUUGAUAAGCUUAAUUGCAAACCAAUUAAUAAAUUAAUAAAAAUGGCUCUGUCCAAACCAAAAGAAGAGCAUAACAUUACGGAUCUGCUAGGUAAUGACGGCAGGAAUAAAUGUAAGGUUAUUCUCAACGAAGCUGGUUUUGGAAAGUCAACAUAUUUGACUUGGCUCGCUUGGCGGUUAUCAGCUAUUGAAUCCACGCUAUUUGUCGUUAGGCUAAAUGCGAUCGAAUAUUCUUGCGAAUUUCAUCAACUACAGAAAAGUGAAAACUCGCUUGAUGAUUCCGAAUUGUUAAAAAUACUUUACCGGUUUGUCUCUCUUGCGCUUUGUGAACCGAAUGUGAGCAAACGAUUCCGAACAGAGUUGAAUGAAGAAAACCGAAAGCUGGCAGCAAGUUUAUUGUACUUCUCCAAUGGGCAAGCGAUGCUCAAUGAGCGCAAGACCGAAUGUCUUUCUUUUGGACAACUAUUGGAAUUGCGUCUAUUUUGUACUAAAUUCAAUGAAAAGAAACUAAUAUUACUGUUCGAUGCAUAUGACGAAAUAUUUCCUAAUUACACGGACAUUGUGCUCAGGUGCUUCGCGGGGUUCAGUAAGUUCGAUGGAAUACGUAACAUAUAUUUUUCAAGCCGGCCACACGAAUUCCAAGAUGAUUUCAAAACAGCCAUCACGAAUUGCAAAAUCUUCCAGUUGAAGCCAUUCUCUCAUGUUCAUCAAAUACUUUCAUUACACAAGUACAUUUUGUGCGAAGUGCAUGCAUUUAAAAACAUGGAAAAAAUAUAUCAACUGGUUGUGUUGGGAGUUGUGUAUACUGUUUUAAUCAAUCGUUUAGACGAUUUAGUGAAAACGCCACUCUUACUAAAUUUGGCAAUAGAUGCAUUUUUACCAAUCGUGAAGCAAAAUAUAAAUUUUUCGGAGAAAACUAUAUCCGCCGAUGUUUUUUUAACUGACAAAUUUCAAACCUUCGACAUUGUGAAGUAUUUUGUACAUAGAAAAUUAAAUAUACUAAACACUAAGAAAUCAGGAUCGACAGACACUGCCACUAGCACGGUUCUUGCUGUACGUAAAAAUAAACUAUUCAAUGAAAACGUGGAACACAUACAUGCUAUUAUGGCAAUAUACGUUUUGUUUGACAUAAGCUUUGUCAACAAAGUGAUACAGCAAAGUGUACUGCUGAGUGCCAUAGAAGAUAUAGAGCAUGGAGAAGGAAAGGCUGGAAUCAUUGUCGAAGUUAAAAAUAACAUUCCAAUUUUUGCUCAUAGGACUUUUGCCGAAUAUAUGGCAGCACUAUGGUUAUUCAAAAACAAGGAUAAACUCCAGACUGAGCCGUACUUUAAAUCUCAAAUGUUUUGGACGCGAGGCUUUGAUAGACUACGUUACUUUUUCAAUCAAAUGAUUGUUAGAGAAAAUGGGAACAGUGAAAUUCAUAUUGCCGUUCUGAACAAAUCUCUGCAAGAGGUGAAGACGAUGAUUGAAAAUAAUUCUUCCGUCGUAGCGGUCAAAGAUUAUGGGGGUCGGAUACCUGUGCUCUUAGCUUUGCAACACGAUAACCAUGAAAUCAUGCUCUUUCUACUGAGCCAAAUGAUUUCAAUCAAUCCGAUUGGUUUAAUCGAUGAAAAAGAUAAUCUUUUCCAUUGGAACGCAUUGGACUAUGCUUUUGUCAUAUGGAAUAAAAAUGCAAUCAAAGCUCUUUUAGAGAUCGGAGCCAAUAUCGAUAUACAUACCUUACGUGACCAGCUGUUUUCCAACGAUAACGACAAUCUGUUGAUGCAAGCAUACCAUUAUAUCAAUCAAAUAGCAUCUGCUAAAGAUCGUGAGAAAUUAUCAAAGUGGACAGUGAAAUAUUUAUACAACGUUAGGAAAGUUGAUAUCAAUGUUCAACGCGAGCGUCUGGAGCGUUCAACAAUACUGCACUAUUGUGUGGCGAAGAAUGCGUACGAACUAUUUGAACAGUUUAUUCUACAACUAGACAACCCUGGCGUUUUUUUGAGUAGUAUGGGCAACCAUCUUAUCAAAGCUGCACUCGCCAAAAAAGCAUAUAACAUGGUGUGCUUCCUUAUCGAUAAAUUCGGAUUACAGCCGCCACAAAUAAGGAACAAACUCCAUCUGCUUGAAGCAGUAAAGUCAGCCAUAGAAAUGGACCGUAUUGUAUCACUACAGGCUUUUCUCGAACAGUUAUGCUCUCUUUUUUCCAUCAACUGCGCUAAGCAUACAACGAUUGUUGUUGACCAUUUUGAAAACAAUAUUCGAUCGCUCCACGAAGAUCAAAUGCCAAAGAGUUGCUGUGUACGUAAGCCCAAAGAUAAGUUAUCAUUGCCGGAGUACAAAGUAGGAAAUGUGUUAGAUAAGGUGUUAGAUAAAUAUCUUUUCGAAUCGCUUCUAGCCACCGCAGCGCAUGCAGGAAAUGUUCGCAUAAUGAGUUGCAUCGUUCGAAAAUUACAAAAACCUAUCACUAAUAGAACUAUUGCAACGGUUAUGCGCUUGUUGCCCAAAGGGAAACGAUUGGUUCAUAAUCAAUCGGUCCAUGCCUUUAAAUUUCUAUUGGACCGUACCACCGAUCUAAAUAGUGUUGACGAGCAUGGCCAAAAUUUGUUGCAUAUGAUCAUUCAAAAUGGCUGCUUCUUCAUGGCGCAGUGUUUACUCGACAGUGGGUUCGAUUGCACGCUGGUCAACGAAAGGGACGGGUGCAAUAUUUUCCAUUACAUUGCAGCGAGUGAGUCAAAAUAUAAUAACAGAGCGUUUAAGUUGUACGAGUUAUUUACGUCAGUAGAACUGACCAAUCACUUAAAUAGUGUCGAUAAGAAAGGCAACAAUGUUUGCGAAACGGCAGUACUUAAUAACAAUUUCGACAUUGCAAGAGAAACACUAGAAACAUCGCAAAUCGAUCCAGGAACAUCGAAAAGAGUAGAGUUUGUGCUAAAAACCGUUGAUAGACUGGUGAACCAGCCAGAUAAAUUACAGGCUGUUUUGGAGUUUUUAAAAUAUUUGUUUGAGUUCGGAGAUAUUGCGUGGAUGAAAACAUAUAGCACAAUAAGACAAAGCGUACCAAUCGUAUGA